AUGAGGACACAGGAGGUUCACACUUUUUCUCUAAUCCCCAAGUCCUUGGCCUGCUUUAAUUAUAAAUAAUCAGACUCGAGAGUUGAGAGUUCCACUCUCCACAAAGCCCCUUCUUACCAACAACUACAAUUUUGGUUUAUCCUCCAAAGUCCUCCAUCGCCUCCUCUUUCCCCUCCUCCUCCUCCUCCUUUUCUAGUUUUCUUUCACCAAGAAGUCGCUUAGCUCUCUCCCUCUCUGAGUUUUCCUCCGUCACUCACACUGAAAAGCGAAAAUGGGCGGACAUUCCCCAUGCGCUUCAUGCAAGUUGCUACGUCGACGGUGCACCAAGGAUUGCCCUUUUGCUCCUUAUUUCCCUGCCGAUGAUCCUCACAAAUUUGCCAUCGUUCACAAAGUCUUUGGUGCCAGCAACAUCAGCAAAAUGUUACAGGAGCUUCCAGUUCAUCAAAGAGCAGAUGCAGUGAGCAGUCUAGUGUACGAGGCAAAUGCAAGAGUCAGAGACCCCGUCUACGGCUGCGUGGGAGCAAUAUCGUACUUGCAAAAUCAGGUUUCUGAACUACAAAUGCAGCUUGCAGUGGCGCAAGCGGAGAUAUUCUGCAUACAGAUGCAACAAGAUCCAAUGGCCAUGCCAACUCCUCAGUUCGAUGAUGAUGAUGAAGGAUCUUUUCUGCUCCAACACAACCUCCCUCAGUACCUGAACUUCGCCUCCUCGUCUAGCAAUGUCAUUCAAGAAUCUUUCAAGAAAGAGUCCCCCUUUGGCCGUGACAUGGUUUCUUAAACAGUGGCCUGCUGUAGUAAUAAAUUUAUCUUUCUCGCAGUUCUUACUUUAUACUAUCCAUUAAUUAUUAUUUGGUCGCAUGCUAUAGCAUAUUCUCUGCCUAUGUGUGUGUAUAUUGUACUUGGCGGGAGAGAAAGAGGGCUACACAACAAAGAUAGACUAUUAAGUAGCAACCAAAGAAAUCACCAUUUAGCAGAGGUAGAUGUGUCUGAAAACAAAGGAAAGUUGAGGAGUCAACCCCAGCAUGUGUGGCAAGCACUAAAAUA